UGUGUGUGCGCGAGUGAGACAGAGGGGAAAGAGAGAGAGAGAGAGAGAGAGAGAGAGCGAAGCGGCCGCAUGCCGCGACACGUCGCUGUUACCUGUGCCGGCUCCGCCGAGGAUGAAGAGCACGGCGUCGCGUAGAAUGAAGACCGACGUGGAAGAAGCCCCGACGCUCCACUACCAGUGGUACAACACCUCGUGAGAGACGUCCGAGCCAGAAGAGAGACUUCCGAGGCAGAAGAGAGAGCCGACCGACGGCGCGCGCGCUGAGUCGAUUCGGCGAGCGGGACGGCGAGACGCGCGGCUCGCGCGCGACAGUAAGCGGAUAAUCGCGCGCGCGGAAGGGCACGACGACGACGACGGGGAGGAGGCGAGUCCCGAAGAGAGAGAGAGAGAGAGAGAGAGAGAGCAGCGCGACUGCUUAACAUAGGACUCGCGAUAGCAGCAGCGGUGAAGGGGCUCGCUGCGAGCUCGUGGGAGCCGAGGAGGGGGCGAGGAGCGUGUGUGCCUCUCUGUGUGCGAAUCGGGGUGACCGAGGUGUCGACCUCACCCCCGAUCACACCAUCAACCAGGUUGGAUGAUGUGGGCGCCUCUGCUUUUGGCCGGCUUCUUCAGCGGCUGGUGCGGCGCACUGGCGCUCGCUGCGGCACCCCCUGCCGUUCGGGACACCCCGGGAGAUACGACGGCGACGGCGACGGCGACGGCGACGACGAGCAUCGCCACGAGGUAUUACCUUCGGCCGCCACCGGUGAGCCUGCUGGACGAGACGGUGCGCAAGGUCGUCCCGGGCUACCACACGCGACAGCUCCCCGUGUACUCCUGGUACUCCGAGACUCGAUACUCCGCGCGUGACCGUGACCUUGACAAGGUCCCGUCGGCCGACGGGAGCCAGCAGCCGUCGAAGGAGAGAGAACGCCCGCCGGAGAAUGUCAGAGCCGCGCUGCUGCAGAGCUCGCGUCGCUCGAGCGCGAGCAGCCACGGGGAGGUGCUAUCCUCUUCGUCCGACGGGGGGGACCUCGGAGCCGGGUCUCGUGGAGUGCCCCUGAGAAAGCACGCUGACGCUUUUCACCCAAAGACGGACGAGUCCGUGCUGACUCGCGCACCUCGCCACUCCUCGAGCCAGACGCCCUUCGCGUAUCCGCCGACGGCGACGGCGACGGCGACGGCGACGGCGAUGGCGACGGCGACGGCGACGGCGACGGCGACUGAGUCGUCGAUGACGGCGCGCUCGCGGCUCGCCCGCUCGGCGAAGCAACGACCAAAGAACCGCACGAGGGUGGACUCGCCGCGCGAGCAGCGGCGCCGCUGCAGGAACAAGGAGCGCUGCCGCGGGCAGAAUUGGUGUCCCGACGUCGACGUGGGCAAUCGCGCCUACCUGGCGCCCACCGUGUUCGAGGCUAAGGCGCGCAGCAUGUCCUCCCCGAGGAAGCCCGGCUCGAACUACGCGGUGACCUUCGAGGUGAAGCAGGUCUACAAGAGCCAGUCGGGUUUCCAGCCGCUGCAGAAGAACGACAGCGUGCGGCUUCAUUUUCGCGACAAAUCGGCGCCCGGCAAGUCCACCGCAACGUGCAGCGGCCACGAGGCUGCUGGCGCCGCUGGCAAGGGCAAUAAGCAGAAGCAGCAGCAGCAGCAGCAGCAGCAGCAGCAGCAGCAACAGCAGCGCGAUAAUUCGAGUGAUGUGGUGCGAGCCAAUAUUAAAAGGGGCAAAGUGUAUCUAGUGUUUGUGGAUCGCGUGGGACCCAGGAACUUCACGAUUCUCGGCGAGCCGGUAAUCCGCAGCAAGAAGAACGAACAGGCCGUCCAGGCUGUCGUUCGGCCGGAUUACGUGCGAGAAGUUACGUUGUCCGAGCUCAGGGACUCGAUAGCGAGGUUACGGGAGAGAGUGAAGCUAGUAUGCAGGACGAGGGGCUCGCCGCCCCCGAGUGUGCGCUGGCUGAAGAACGGUGUACCGCUGCACCCCCGAAGAGGCCUCAGGAUUCAGCACAAACGGCGGAGAUCGAAACUCGUGAUAUCCUCCGCGAAGCUCGAGGACUCCGGCACAUACGAAUGCGUGGCUGAGAGCACUUCCGGUCAUCGGGCCUCACUCGCGGCCCAACUUCUAGUCACUCCUGAUCCCAGAAUUGCGGAAACAACGACAGCGGCGUGGCCCCGUCGGGAGGAGCCCUGUCCGAUCCCAGGAGAUUUUUGCAUGAACGGUGGUACCUGCCUAUUUUUCGAGACCGUCGGUGAACCGGCAUGCAGAUGCGCGGAUGGCUUCACGGGUCUGCGGUGCGAGACGAAGGACGUCAUCAGCACCGGAAAUAUGGAUAAGUUCUCUUCGUUCGCCGAGGACGUGACGCUCGCCCGCUUCUAGCGCAUCUAGCGGCACUGUCAAGCUUGCACAUCGGGACAUUCAUCGUGUUUUGUUUUGUUGUAGCCUCACCCACGCCCCCUCCCUAACCUCGUACAGGUUCCUGCAUCCGCGACUUCGCCCUCCACGCUCUCCUCGGGCUCUCCUACAGCGCGUCUCCUUGCGCUUCCUUCUCCCACGACGCCACCGACGUCGUCCUCGUCAUCCGCCAACUCGCCUAACCACCCUGAGCACUCGCUGCUCGUCCAACGUCACUUUUUCCUACCGCUUCCGACCCCCCGAAGCGCCCUCCUAUCCGUCAUCUCCUGCCUCCCUUCCCCGAUCCCUCUGCGUUUCGCCCUCUGUCCGCCGUUAUCCUCGCGAUGUCGACUUGCUUCAAGGCGACGACGACGGCGGCGAAGGCGGCGACCACGUCAGCCCGCAACCACCAUCGUUUCUCAAAGGAGAGCCUCAGGAGACGAAGCGAGCCGCCGACCAACGUCAUCCUCGCGCACUCCGCACCCUGGACCGUCGUGAAUCGGAAUUCCGCGAGCUAGUCUGAACGAACGAGAGUGCCAGCGUCAUCGUCGUCGCGUUGAGCGCCCUUUCUACGCCAGAGACGAAGGCCCAAUGCGACCAAGAGCUUUCACCCUGCACCUGCUGAGCUUCCCUUGGAUCGUGACGAAGACCACCAGAGCGAGUAACCUGCGCGCGUUAGCCGGAGCAAAGCAGCCACUUCCAACCGAGGGAUUAGAAAACUUCCAACGACUUCCUGCCGCCAUCUUAUCUGCCAGGAAACUGCUUCUCUCCGCUGAACGGCACGAAGACAUCGCGACGUCGCAACAUCACUUAUUACGAUCCAUUGUUUCCCGGCGAGGACGUUCCCGUGGCGAUCUCGUCGCGAUUGAUUUAAAUCCUCGAUCGAGCUACGUUCGACCUGCUCGUUGACGUUCACUUCGACGUUCCUCUACGAGUGAACGCGGAGAGGACUCGCGGUUUACACAAUUCGGGGGAUAAUUGACGUCGUUACACGCACGAGC